GUGGGUGAUCAAGUACUACUUUGUGGUCAGCAAGAGGAAUAACACAAAUACACUUACAAAGCUAUCACAAAGGCUGUGUUUAUGUUUUUAGCGAAGGGCUGCUUAAAAGAGCCUACUCAAAGAAGGUAACAGCUCAUUGGUUCUUUUUCAGCGGGGCGGUGCUUUGUGUUGCUACAUCACCAGCUUUCGUUGUUCGGCUGCUGUCUGCAAACUGGAAAGUCCCCUUCAGACAUAGAGGUCCGCGUCAGGAAAACUGCUGUUAGCGUUGUGAUUUGCGUUGAGGGGUAUUGAAUUUUCCUUCCCUUCGAUGCGUCAAUAAACACACAAUUCUAGUUCGCUGUUUCAGCUCCGAAUUUAUUUAUUUUUAGCUAAGCGAUUAGAUGUUCCCUUUCGAAUGCUAGCUGGUGUUAGCAGGCUAGCUCUUUGUGUGGCUAGCAGCUAGCCGAGCGAUGUUUUGUUGUUGUUAAACUGGGCAGCCCUCCUGUCGUCUAGGAAGGAGAAUCAUCAGCUGUGUAUGGAAAAAACGCCCAUCGACGCCUUUUUCUCCUCUCCCAUUGUCUGUGAAAGUGACCCUUGAAAUUAGUAAAGCGAAGACGACAGAGGGGAGAGUUUGAUUGAAGAGGGAGGAGAUGGGAAACUGUCUGAAAUCUCCCACAUCGGAUGACAUUUCUUUGCUACAUGAAUCUCAGUCGGACCGGGCCAGCUACGGAGAUGGUGCUGAUCCCGAUCAGGAGCCACCGCCCCCCUAUCAGGAGCAAAUCCAUGUGCCUGUCUACCAUCCGACGCCCAGCCAAACCCGACUGGUCACUCAGCUGACCGAAGAGGAGCAGAUCCGAAUCGCUCAACGCAUCGGGCUUAUCCAGCACCUCCCAAAGGGCGUGUAUGACCCGGGAAGGGAUGGAUCCGAGAAGAAGAUCAGAGAGUGUGUCAUCUGUAUGAUGGACUUUGUCUACGGAGACCCGAUCCGGUUCCUGCCCUGCAUGCACAUCUACCACAUGGACUGUAUCGAUGACUGGCUGAUGAGAUCCUUCACCUGCCCCUCGUGCAUGGAGCCUGUGGAUGCUGCACUGCUUUCCUCCUACGAGACCAACUGACACGAAACCCCUUUGGACUAAACCGGACACGCACAAACACAUGUAUACGCUCACACAAACACGGACAUGAAUUAUGCAUAAAAAUGAAAAUACACACAACACUUCCAUCUUUGCUGUAUCCUGGAUUAGUAAGAUGGCGAUUAUAAAAGCAGUGAUUAUGUUAAAGAUGUACAAUGAAUUCUGUGUGGGUGUACGUAAGUGUUUGUCUAUUUGUGUGUGCACAAUUUCCUCAGUUGGCCUGCUGGACAGGAUUACAUCUGGGAAAGGACUGGAAGAAUGAAGGGUUUUUUGUGGUAUGGACAAGCAGGACUGAGGAAAGACGACAGAGGGCGGUGGAAUGCACAGGGGCGUUGUAACGGGACAUCGAAGGCAAUGGAUGGUGGAUUCAUCGUUACGGUUCAGAAACUUUAUCAAGGUCUGGUUUUAAAUUUGCGAUACACGCACCUUCUUCCUUAACUUUGGGUGCGGUGAUUGGAAUGAGCCUGAGAGAGACUGCAGGACUGCUCACACCUGAUUACUGUAACGCCACGCUGCAGGACGGAGGAGAGAGGACUUCCGAAUCCUUCAGAAAUGCUGCCAUAUGCCUCUCUGUCAAAACUGCUGCAGAAGAACUGUUGCAGAAACAGAUAUGUGAUUUUAAGACUGCCAGAGAUGGACAUCAGACUUUGGACUGCUAACUUACGAUUUAUUCUGCACACGUACCAGAGGCCUGUUCUCAGACGGGCCUUGAGUCGUCUCUGUACAGACGUUUCCUGAGAAAAAUGAGAUCAGUAGCUCGGUGGAUUCACUGUCCGGUGACUUUGUGAAAUCUGUUUGUUUUGUCAGGCAGCAUAAGGGCUCUGUUAACCAGUGUUUACCACCAACACAGACAUGACUAAAGGAAGUGCAGUGUGUGCUGAUGUAAUGGGCUGUGGUAGAGUUUUGUUGUUAAGGUCUUGACUUCUUAUUCAGUGAGAUGUCACAUUAUUGGCCAAAGCACAAGUAAACCAGUUAACAAACCAUAAAUACACACGAGACAUUUGCACUUCCUAAUCAGACCUGAGACAAGAGGACCACAUGCAGUUGUAAUUAUGUGAAUGUAAAGUAUCUGAUUUGCUUUAUGUGCAUCCUCUUUACCACUGCAGUUAUUUGUAAUGAAAGCCACUGUCUCUGUGGAGCGGGAGCAGAGUACUUAAUUUAUUAUAGAAAUUAACCAAACUACUGAAUUAAUUCCAAGGAUUGUGUCCCUGUUCUUUGUGCUGAAGACAAAAUUAAAACGUAGACAAGGUUGGGCUUUUUUAAUGUGCUUGGAAAAUCAACUUCCUGUCCUCCAAAACAGGCGGUGAAAGAGUGUGAUGUGGUCAUAAUGAUGGAGUAUGCAGUUAUGUUUGGUUUCAGUUUAAAAAUGUUCGGUUUCUAUGCAUUUGUAUUCUCAUUUUCUUGGCAUCGAGUUGAGUCCUCUGUACAGGAUUUCUUUGCCGCAUUAUAAAAUGUCCAUUGCCCAAGUCACCAGGUUUACAAUAAAAGCACAAAGAAGUACAACAUUUUCUUUGAUAGUGUCCUUCCCCAGCUAACGUUAGCAUGUGAGUGAGUCUGUAAAUGUAAAUCCUGCAGAAAAUGGUUGAUAUUUAAGCUCCCCUUGCAUACAGAUCUCUGUGAUCUGUGAAUGCUUUUCAAGGACCUUUUGUGUUUUGCGAAAUUUGGUGGGUGGGCAGGUCGGUGGCUUAGUUUUUGCACAGUACUGUCAUGUACGUAACUCUUUGUUCUAAAUUGUCCAUCAUUAAGGUGGAGCUCCAUGGCCUUAGGUUACACAUAAGUGAAGGGUUGAUAUCUGUUGCUAAAAUGUGAGCACAGGUGGUAAUAGGCAGACUGCAAAUGCUGCUGCUGAGCUGUCAGACAUUGUACAUGUCAUGUAAUGAAGACUACAGGAGGUGUAUCAGAAAAUGUCCCAGUACAUUGUCACAAACUAAUAAAUGAACUGUGUGUG